AUGUUGAACAUGUUUAAAGAAAAUUCAAAAUUAAUGCAAAACGAUGACAUGUCAUUUUUUUGUUUACUUUUGCCGAUUAUGAAAACUUUUUCUAAUCACCAAAAAUUACUUUUCCGUUCUGCAGUUCUACAAAAAGCAAUCGAAAUAUCCAGCAGUUCUAGUGAAGUCCGCCCGGGAACAUCACAUACAUUUUCGAUUUCAGAAUCACAACAUUCCGAUGCUUCUACAUAUCAUAUAACUGAAUCUUAUACAGAAGUACCACAACAGUAUGAGGCACCAGAUUAUGAUUCAACAUAUUCUUUAGAGGAUUUUGUAACUAUGCAGAAUUUGUAA